AUGGUUCGUAAAACUCGUUCUCAGCAAUAUCAAGCUGAUGACGAUCUCCCUGCUACACAGCAAUCAGUCAACGAACUCCAGCAACAAAUCGCCGCCCUAACUACUGCAGUAGCCGCUUUGACCGCCCGUCAAACUCCACCUGCACAUCCCCGUCGCAACGAUCAGCUGUCUGUACAUGACGACACCGACGAAGAUGAUGAAAAUCCCUUCGCCCCUCUUCGUCAACAACAACAACAACACCAACAACAACAACGGCGACAACGUCGCAAUUACGACCAUGAUGACUCCGGUUCCGACAAUGAACAUAACGACUCAUCCUGGAAAAAGAGUUUCAAGCUUAAUUUUCCAGAAUAUCAUGGUUCCACAACAGCUGAGGACUUAUUGGACUGGUUUGUCACCGUCGAAGAAAUCAUUGAGUUCAAGCAAAUUCCGUUGGAUCGAUGUGUUCCAAUCAUCGCGAUUCAGUUUCGAGAAAGAGCAGCCGCCUGGUGGUCGCAGGUUAAGACAACGCGAGCUCGCCUCGGGAAAUCAAAAAUCACGACAUGGGACAAACUGAAAAGAGAGAUGCAGAAAAAUUUUCUUCCUUACAAUUAUGAUCAGUUAAUGUUUCAGAAAUUUCAGAACCUGAGACAAGGAUCACGAACAGUGGAUGAAUAUGCGACAGAAUUUUUCAAGAUGAUCAACAGAGUGGAACUCAAAGAUACAGAACAACAGUUGGUCAUGAGAUUUGUUGGAGGUCUACGACAGCAAAUUCAAUUCACUAUCAACUUGUUCAGACCAGAUUCAAUCUCUGAAGCACACCAACAAGCCCUUACCAUUGAAGCUCAAACUCGUAAUGGAUUCUCGGCUUGGGGAACAUCUAGACAAACUCGUGCUCCUCCUGCAACAACGCCAUCAACGCCCGUCGGUACUAGCUCCACUAACACAGAGACCGCGAUUGUUCCUGCUGAUACACAAAAGCAAACUCGUCCUCCUGGCUUUCGUUGUUACUCUUGUGGUGAAACUGGUCAUCGCAUAUCAGCAUGCCCGAACAAAGGUCGCCGCGGACUACUCCUCAACGAACAGAACAAUGAUGACGACGACCUCGUGGAGGGAGAUGAUGAUCCUUGUGACGAAGAAGAACUCGUAGCUGACUCUGGUUCUCUGCUCAUGCUUCGGCGUUCUUGUCUUGCUCCACAUAGCACAUCUCAGAAUCCUCAACGAAACAACUUGUUUCAUUCUAAGUGUACUAUCAAAGGCAAGGUCUGCAACUUCAUCAUCGAUUCGGGAAGUUCAGAGAAUGUAAUCUCUUCAGAGGCGGUGAAUAAACUUUCACUUACAGAGGAAUCUCACCCGAGCCCAUAUAAGUUGGCUUGGCUGCAACACGACAAUGACGUCUCAGUGACUAAAAGAACGAUGGUGUCAUUCUCGGUGGGUGAUUCUUAUCACGAUAGUUUAUACUGCGAUAUAGUACCAAUGGACGCUUGUCACCUACUUUUGGGUCGUCCUUGGGAAUCCGAUCGCCGUGUUAUUCACGACGGCUUCCAUAACACAUACAGUUUUCGUUUUAAUAACCACAAAUUUGUGUUGAAACCGUCACCACCAGCGUCAACCUCCCCUCCAUCAACGACACUUGCAGCUUCGCCUUCCUCCUUGUUGCUUCAUCGUGCUCCGUUUGAGGCACAAAUGAAGGAGGCAGGAAUGGUCAUUCUUCUCGUACUUUCUCCGGCUUCCUCUAUCACGCCUUCUGUGCCGCCUCAACUACACGACCUGUUAGCAGAAUUCAGUGAUGUCUUUCCUGAUGAUCUCCCAGCCGGUCUUCCUCCCUUGAGAGAUAUUCAGCAUCGUAUCGACUUAGUUCCAGACGCAGCUUUACCAAAUCGGUCACAUUAUCGGAUGAGUCCCUCAGAACAUGAAGAGUUACGCAAGCAGGUUGAAGACUUGUUAGCUAAAGGAUUUGUUCGUGAGAGCCUUAGUCCUUGUGCCGUACCAGCUUUACUUAUUCCAAAGAAAGACGGAUCAUGGCGUAUGUGUGUUGAUAGCAGAGCUAUUAACAAGAUAACAGUACGUUAUCGAUUCCCUAUUCCUCGGCUCGAUGAUCUACUUGAUCAAAUUGGCUCUGCUUCAGUCUUUUCCAAGCUUGAUUUACGAAGUGGUUACCAUCAAAUUCGGGUUCAUCCAGGAGACGAGUGGAAAACCGCUUUUAAAACUCGUGAAGGUCUUUUUGAGUGGAUGGUCAUGCCUUUCGGUUUGUCCAAUGCACCAAGUACUUUUAUGAGGAUCAUGAAUCAGGCCUUACGACCUUUUAUUGGUAAAUUUGUGGUCGUCUAUUUCGACGAUAUUCUCAUAUUUAGUGCCUCUAUGGCUGAGCACGUUCUUCACUUGCGAGAGGUUCUGUCUGUCCUUCGCCGAGAUCAGUUCUUUGCCACGAGGAAGAAGUGUGCCUUCGCUGUCAAUGAAGUUCACUUUUUGGGCUACAUUGUCUCCGAUCGUGGCCUGUCCGUUGAUCCAGGUAAAGUGGAGGCAAUCCGUUCUUGGCCUCGUCCAACAACGCUGACUGAAACACGCAGCUUCCAUGGCCUUGCGUCUUUUUACCGCCGGUUCGUGCCUCAGUUUAGCAGUCUUAUGUCUCCCAUAACUGAUUGUAUUCGCGAUGGUAAGUUCUCUUGGACGCCUGCAGCUGAUCACGCGUUCCAGGUGAUCAAGGACAAACUCUGUACAACGCCAAUACUCGCCUUGCCCAACUUUAAUGCUGUCUUCGAACUCCAUACAGACGCCUCCAAAUCCGGGAUCGGUGCGGUUUUAAGUCAGCAAAACUGA